GUGAAAUUUCAAGGCCAUGAUGUGAUUAUUGAUUCUGACGAUAUCAAAGAGAACAAUUUAUUAAAGAUCCAAGUGAUACUAUCGUAUUUAAGUUUUAUAAUUUUUGGAUUAUCAGAUCAAACGAUUGGAGUGCUAAUUCCGGUUUUUGUUAAAGAUUACGAAAUGAAAGAGUCUACAAUUUCGUUAUUAUAUUUUGCUCAAUUUUUUGGAUAUUUUAUUAUAUCUGUAUUUAACGAUUAUUUGCAUCGAUUGAUGGGGUUUCAUGGAGUGCUAGUUACUUCUGUUGGGUUAAUAGGUACAUGCAGUUUUAUUGGGAUGUUCAAACCACCAUUUUUUGUAUUGAUUAUUGGGUAUGUAUUGUGUGGGAUUGGAGUUGGAGCACAAGAUGCAGCAGUUGGAGUUUGGUUGGGAAAACUAAAGUAUUCUAAUGAGUUAAGUGGGUUGCUACAUGCCAGUUAUGGGGUGGGUUGUAUUGUGACGCCUAUUUUUGUUACCAAAGUGCUAUUGAAUAAUAAUAUCAGCUGGAGAUAUCACUAUUUGAUAAUUUUCAUGUUAGCGAUGGUGGUGAGUAUAAUUGAUUUCUUUGUCUUUAAACACGAGUCUAAAUGGAAAUAUCGAUUUCAAGUUGAAGAAAAUAAAAGUGAAGAAAAUGAAAGUGAAAACGAUGGUAAUGCAAAUGAAUCGAGUGGGAUUCGAAAUGCAAUCAAGAACAAAAAAGUUUUAGGAUUGGCAUUGUUUUUGUUUUUGUAUGUUGGCACAGAGGUAUCAAUUGGAGCCUGGACAUUGAGUUAUUUGAUCAAGAUCAAAAAUGGAACCAUGGAUCAGAUGUCAGUGGUUAUAUCAAUGUUUUGGUUUGGGUUAACACUUGGGAGAAUUGUUUUGGGCUUUGUGACGCCAAAGUUAUCCUCGGAGUAUUUGGCUAACAUGAUCUAUGAGUCGCUAUCGAUAGUGUUUUUUGUUUUGUUUUGCUUGGGCUCCAGCUACUGGCUGUUCAUUGCGACGGUUUUCUUGACUGGGGUGUUUAUUGGGCCAAUCUUCCCCACCACAACGAUAUACUCGGUGAAGAUCUUGCCAGUGCAAUUGCAUGUUUCUGGAGUAGGAUUUGCAAUGGCUCUAGGUGGUGGUGGAGCAGCAGUCUUGCCCUGGCUCAUGGGCAAUCUCUGUGAGCUCUGGGGCAGUUUCAGGUUGUAUCCAUACUUUGUUGUGUUGUUUCUC